CCCCUCCCCUCCAUUAGAUAUUAUUCAUUUUUAUUUUUAUUUAUUUAUUUAUAUUUUUCAGCUGGUAAUUGAGGGAAAACGACUUCUCUGCUAGCUUGAUCCUGUAAUUCCUCCUCAUGCUCGGUGCUACAUCCAGCGACCUCGUGAGCUCCUCCGCCGCCGCUACAGGCGGCAUCAUCGAGGUCGGUGCUUCCACCGGAGCCGCUGUAAUGGAAGAUAGUGACACAAUUGGAGGCGGCGGUGCAGGCGGCGGCGGCGGAGCGGGGAAUCGGUGGCCGAGAGAAGAGACUUUGGCUUUACUCCAAAUUCGAUCUGAUAUGGAUGCUGCUUUUAGAGACUCCAGCCUUAAAGGUCCAUUAUGGGAAGAAGUUUCCAGGAAAAUGGCGGAGCUUGGAUUUCAACGAAGCUCUAAGAAAUGCAAAGAGAAGUUCGAGAACGUGUAUAAAUACCACAAGCGAACAAAGGAUGGCCGAGCUUCAAAAUCCUACGGCAAAACCUAUCGUUUCUUCGAUCAAUUACAGGCUUUGGACAACGCUCCUCCUCCGCCCACCGCCGCCGCCGCCGCCGCUCAACCACCGUCAAUGGCGGCGACAUCCGUCGGUACGCUUCUCCCUAAUUUCCAUCCACCGCCUGCUGCUGCUGCUGCCAUGGAUCCUCCUCAAAACCUGGGGUGGAACAACUACUCCGCAUCGUCGUCUUCCUCCGCCACCUCCACCUCCUCCGACGAGGAAAUCCAGCGGCGGAGGGGGAAGAAGAGGAAGUUGAAAGACUUCUUUCAGAAGCUAAUGAGAGACGUGGUGCAGAAACAGGAGGAGUUGCAGAAGAACUUUCUAGAAACUCUCGAGAAACGAGAGCUAGAUCGAAUGGCGCGCGAGGAAUCCUGGCGAGCUCAGGAAAUAACCAGGCUGAAUCGAGAGCACGAAAUCCUUUCUCAGGAGAGAUCCAUGGCCGCCGCCAAGGACGCCGCCGUCAUCUCAUUUCUCCAAAAGGUAUCCAAUCACCAAAACCUCCAUAUCCCAAUCACCACCGCUCCGCCACCGCCACCGCCGAUCGCCGCACCGCCGCUGUCAACAGUAACACCAUCAUCAGCAGAAAACCAGAGCGGCGGGGGCGCCGCCGCCGGAAGCUCGUCGCGGUGGCCAAAAUCUGAAGUAGAAGCCCUAAUCGAGCUGCGAAUGAACAUGGAGGUAAAGUAUGAGGAGAACGGUCCGAAGGGUCCACUGUGGGAGGAGAUAUCGGCGGCCAUGGCGAAGCUAGGGUACAGGCGGAGCUCGAAGAGGUGCAAGGAGAAAUGGGAGAACAUCAACAAGUACUUCAAGAAGGUGAAGGAAACCAACAAAAGAAGAGGCGAGGAUUCCAAAACCUGCCCUUACUAUCAUCUCCUCGACGCCAUAUACAAAGAGAAGGCCGCCGCCGCCGCCCUGCAAAUGCCGCCGAUAAUGGCGCGCCCGGAGCAGCAAUGGCCACACCAGGAUUCUGCAUUAAUGCUGCCAGAUCAACAUACUAACGACAAUAAUGGCCGCGCCGGCGACGGCGACGGAGAUUAUGAGAUUGGUACAGACGACCCGCCGGCGACAAACGCGGCGGACUGAGAGAGAAAUUAAAUAGACGAAUAGAAUGGAGGAGGUGGUGGCAGUGGAGGUGGAGGUGAAGGUGUUAAAAUGAGAGGCAGAAUUGCAGGCAGGCAGGCAGUAGUGUCAGAAGGGGGGUGGGGGUGGGGUGGGCGAUGGCGAUGCAUGAAUGAGCUUGACAGAUGAAAUGGGGGGUGAAGGUGGUGGAGCCAUUUGGGUGAGUUUCAGAGUUUAUUUAUUUUUGGCUUAUUUUUUUAUUUAAUUAUUUAUUUUGGAGGCAUGAAUAAAUGAAUUGAAGGAAUGAGUUACCAUUAAUCAUAGUUAUAUAAUUUUAACUUAUAUAAUAGUAUCAUGUAGUAUUAUUAUAAUCGAGCAGAUUUAGCAGGCUAGCAUUUAAUUAGUGGUUGGAUUGAUUUGUUUAGUUAUUUCCGUACGAUUUAUUCAAAUUUGGAACACCUACCUACUCAUUAUAAGUUUAGAUAACUUAUGGAAUAAUUACUAUUUAUAUUA